AUGAAGAGGAAGACAACUACUCCUAGUGCCAAGUGGGUUGCUUCGAAGGCAGUUUCUAUUCUUAAGAGGACACCUGAUAUGGGACCGAAGGAUAUGCAAAUCAAGCUGCAGGAUGAUCACAAGUGUGUCAUUGGCUACGAUACAGUUUGGAAGGGAUUGGAAAAGGCUUUCAAGGAAUUGUAUGGCAGCUGGGAAGAUAGUUUUGGCAUGCUUUAUAAUUGGAAAGCUGAGGUAAUUAUGAGGAUGCCAGGUAGUAUCAUUGAAAUUGAUGUAGAGGUAAAAGAUGGUCUACCUUAUUUUCAUAGAUUCUUCUGUGCACUUGGUCCUUGCAUUGAGGGUUUUCUGGAGGGAUGUAGGCCUUACCUUAUUAUUGACUCUACUGCACUAAGUGGGAGGUGGAAUGGUCAAUUAGCAACAACAUGUAGUGUAGAUGGUCAUAAUUGGAUGUAUCCUGUUGCAUAUGGUUUUAUUGAUAAAGAAACAUAUGAUAAUUGGAAGUGGUGGAUUGCACAAUUGCAUAAGGCUAUAGGGGAUGUUGAACCACUAGCUAUUUGUAGUGAUGCUUGCAAAGGAUUAGAAAAUGCUGUUAAGUAUGUAUUCCAUAUGGCAGAACAAAGAGAGUGCUUUAAACACCUUAUGGACAAUUAUGCCAAAAGAAAACGUCCAAACGCCGACAAUAUGUAUCCUGCAGCUAGAUCAUAUAGGAAAGAAGUGCAUGAGCAUCACAUAGCCAUAGUCAAAUCAGAUUUAGAUACAAAGGAGUGGUUGGAGCAACAUCACAAGCUCAAGUGGUUUAGAAGUGGAUUUAAUCCAGCUAUCAAGUGUGAUUAUGUCACCAAUAAUAUAGCUAAGGUUUUCAAUAAAUGGAUCAAAGAUAUCAAAGAUUUGCCUGUAUGUGAGCUUGCUGACAAGUUGAGGGAAAUGAUAAUGGUGUUAUGGCACAAGAGGAGAAAGAUUGGACAAAGGUUACAAGGUAAAAUUCUACCAGCUGUUAUACAUAUCUUGAAAGCACAAACUAGGGGCCUUAGUCACUUGAAUGUUGUACAAGGUGAUUAUUAUGCUGCACAAGUAGUUGAUAUAUCAGCUGCUAAUAUAAGACAUGUGGUGAAAGCUUACCUACAUGAGUGUACAUGUGAAGAGUGGCAACACACUGGGAAGCCAUGUCAACAUGCUUUAGCUCUUAUAACACAACAACCUUUCCGGGAUGUGAUGAUGGAAAACUUUGUGAAUGACUAUUACUCUGUGGAAAGGUUCAAGAAUGCAUAUAAGAGAAUCAUAGAACCACUUCCUGAUAGAUGUGGCCAAAACUUGACCUAUCAUUUGCAAUUGGUGCACCACUUGGUAGAAGAAGUGUUGGCCGACAAAGGAAAAAUAGAAUCAAAGGUGCUCUUGAAGGUGGUCAAAGCAAGAAGAAAUCUAAUGUUGAAGGAAUGA